AUGGAGUCCGGUAUGGACGCUUUAAUCAUGCACAAGCCGAGAGAAGCAGAGAUCGAGUGCUGGGACGAUGACGAGGAUUUACACUGUGGUGAUGGCAUUCAGUUGCGUACAGUCUCUGCUACCACGUCGGUUACAGGGUCUUCCGCUCGCCCGUCAGGCCACCGUGACUCGAUCUCGUCUCGACGCUCCUGGAGGUCAGACCGUGAUUCGAACUUGGGUGAUGAUGAAAGUUGGCAGCUAUUGCUCAAUCCGAGUGAUGACUCGCCCAACCAGGACGCAAUUGUAUCAGCAAAAAAUGCUGGGAUACCCAUUCCGGCAGAUAUACCAACCUCCGCAUUGCUUGGGGGGUCAAUAAAGAGGCUGGGUGGCCGGAAACAACGAGCCAUUGUGGGAGACGACUGGUUGGAGGAUCUUGACCUUUCAGUUUUUGAAGCAGGGCCCAAGGUCAAACUAUACCAUGACACUACAGCACCCGAUUCACUGCUUCACUUGGACUCUUUGCCUGCUCCCAACUUUGACAAACAGGUAGAUACCCAUCCAUUUGUCCUCCAUGACCUUGUCAAAUUUCGCGACACAGAAGAGGACAUGUUGUUUGGUGACGUUUCCACCAUUAAAAUUACCAAAACUCGGUCCAACCAGCCCACAAACGCUCCCACGAGGUUAGAUUCGCGAGAAAAAGAUGACGAUUUCGAAUCCGAAUUAGUCUUGCCAGACGAUGGUACACCCCUACGCCUCUCUCAGCGUCGAGACAUGUCCCUAACUUCCGAUUUUCUAACUGAUGAUUUUGACACCGAGUGGGCGGAAGGCAGUAUUGGCGUCCGUUUCGGAGGCACUCGAAGAGAUGGUCGCUCCAACCGCAGCUCAUCUGUAGGAGCACUCAGCCCGAGCAUGUCCAGCUGUCUGACUAUUGAAAGUGAAGACGAUGGCAUUGAUGGAUUAAUACUUCCCGAUGGGCCCCUAGACCUUGAAAAGUCGCUUCAAAAAAGGGCCAGGCUACAAUCGCCGCCUCCUGGUAUUCCAGAGACACCUACUGAACAACAAGCCACCCCUAGCAAUAAAAGCCCCAAACACGUUGAACCAACAAACGAUGAUUUCUUUUCUGGCAUUGAAAUAGGGGAUGGCGAAGCCUUUGACGCUGGAAAGUUAACCCUUAACCGGAAUGUCAAACGAAGAAUUGAACCACCAUCGACCCCCCCGCGACGGGGAGCCACAAGCAUUACGUUCACCAAUAAGGCUCCUACUGCUGGGACUCGAAUACCCCGACUCUCCGCUCAUGAAAGGCCGCAUUCCACCUACUUAGAGCCUGUUUCCGAAAGCGGUGCGCCUGUAUCCCAAACACCAAGGCGUCCUCACUCUCGUCUAAGCGGGCACGCAACCCAUUCAUCAUUAACAAAUAUCCCGUUACCAAACUCGUUAGCAUCAAGUCUUUCACCGCCUAGUCGACGAGGAGUUGGAACUAGAUCCUCUAAAGAAGUGUUGCGAGGUGACCUCGCGAAUACAAACGCUCAAAUACUCAAGCCCAAGCGCUCGACACCUGUCAUACGUCCUUCGUCAGCUGGCACUACUGGUUCCCAAACCCAAGUUUCGCCAUCCAGGCAGGCCAGCUAUAGUAAACCAGCAACCGCAGCUCGUCCCAAAACACCAGUUGACCGCCAUGCAACUGAGACUCGUCUUCAUUCUCAACGUCGACCUCAGGUCCCUUUUCUCCCAGCAGGCGUAUCGCCUAGCCAAUCUCACCAUGUCAGCGUUAAAUCCAGUCGACAUUUCCGUCGAACAGACUCGGAAAGCUCGGGGGAUAUGCUUAUAAACCCUAGGUCGACAUCCAGGUCUUCAAAGCGAACGCGGUAUGACAGUUCCGGUCGGCCCUCCAGCUAUUCGGGGGAUACUAUUUCUGCUACCGCAAAGCAAACCAUCACAAAACCAACCCGUCGGAAAAACUUUGGCGACGGCACGGAACUAGACAUAUUUGAUGAUCUUCCAACAUCUGCAUCUCUAGAAAGUAGAUUUAUCAAAGCCCCCAUCAAACGCGGUGCUCCACGUUCUCUUCGAAGCAAAUUAAGUCAGUCACACAUUAUUGCACCAAGAACGGAUACCCCAGUCCCAUCCACAGUACCAACAAGCCCGCCAGUACAAGACUCAACGCCUCGGUUUGCCCGCGACACAAAUGCAUCGAGGAAUGCACGCGAGCAGCGCAUAACGUCAAUGGGCAACAAUCUGCAUGGCGGUCAACUCACUUCUGCGAACCUUAACUGGAAAUCACAGCCUGCCAAUCGGCCAUUGGCGAGCCCUUCUCUCACGCGGAGCCGUCAUGGUCAUAAACGUUCCCUCAGCCGGCCCCAUCUCAUCAAACCAAUGGGUAAUGGGGUUCACGAUGCUAAAAAUGUCAAAGGUAUGCAAUAUAAUCCUGCACUCUACAGGUGGGAAGGCAAUGAGAAUGCCACAGCCGUCUUCGAGGCGCCGUCGACGCCUGCACAUUUGAAACCAUCCCCUGCUCUAAUCUCCAAUGUUGGAGGUAUUUCAGGGUCCCAGGUGGUUGGUGGAAUGGUAUUCGACCCCCAGCGAAUGUGCUGGCUCAAGGCCCCCAACUCCCGGCCAGGCAGUAAAUCUGGGCCUUCCCUAUCCGUUGACGAAGAAGAAGACGUUUUUGCCGGCUUUGAUGAUCUCGAGGAUCACCCUCGAAAGUCCAUUACAGCCGUCUCCAGUGCCCCGUCAUCUCCCAGCUGUGUUGAGGCAGACGCCGCAAACCUGGAUGACAAAAGCGGCGGUGAAUCAUCGGACGAAUGGGCAAUUACGGAAGAGUUUGAUGUUGGACCUGAGUUCAUCAGGCGGCAGCGUGCUGAGGAAGAAAAAUGGAGGCGAAAAGUUGGCAAGUGGAUAAAUGAAGACCGAGCCAGACUGGGGGAUGAAUGGCGCUGGGCUAUUCGCAACCUAGUCGGCAAGGGCAAAGUUGUAUGA